AUGGGUUUUGAUUUUUCAUCUUCUGCGUUCCAAGAGAAUCCAGUUUAUCAACAAUUUGUGAAAAUUGAAGUUACUUAUCAAAAGUAUUUGGAUCAAUCAGUUCCUCAUCCUUUACAUAGAUGGAUUGGAUUUGGUGUAUUGGUAUCAAUCUUUUUACUUAGAAUCAUCAUAUCUCAAGGUUGGUAUAUAAUAUGUUAUGCUUUAGGGAUUUAUUUAUUGAAUUUAUUCUUAGCGUUUUUAACUCCAAAGUUUGAUCCUUCAUUAGAACAAGAAUUAAAAAAUGAAUCCAUCGAAGAAGGUAUUCAAGAUCAAGGUGAUAUCCCCAAUGAAGAUGAUGAAGAAUUCAGACCUUUCAUUAGAAGAUUGCCUGAAUUCAAAUUCUGGUAUAACGCUACAAGAGCCGCUGCUUUAUCAUUAUUUUUAUCAUUAUGGACCAUAUUUGAUAUUCCUGUAUUCUGGCCAAUCCUUUUAAUGUAUUUCAUCAUUUUAUUCACUUUAACUAUGAGAAAACAAAUCCAACAUAUGAUCAAACACAAAUAUUUACCAUUUGAUUUUGGUAAAACAAAGUAUAGAAGAGCAGUCUAA